CUUUAAUAUUUUUUUAUGAUUCCGCAGUGCCGUCUGCUUGGCAUUAGCUUGUUCUCAAACUUCACUGGCUAGCUUUCUGCAACACUUCAGUCACGCGAGUUAUCCGAUAGUUGGCGAAAACUAAUGCUACCAGGUGUUAAAUAAGAGUCAGCGCUGUUAACUUUCAGGCUAACUUCAGUUAUCAGUCGUACGCAGGGUAGUGUUAACAAGUAAGACAAGAAAACUGGAAAGUUGAGAUAACGUUAUCGCUGCAUGUUCAAACGGAAGGCAGUAAAUGUUAAUGCAGACUAUUUAAAACAUUACCGGCUAUCACACAUGCACGUUAUUACUUUUGCUUGCUAGCUUAACCAGCCUAAUGGAUACCCUUCCAAACUGAGCUUGAUUUCUUGAAACACUGAUGUGCUGUGUGUAGCAAGCCUGUAAAUAUUAAUAUGGACUAUAUACACUUACCGGCCACUUCACUUACUAGUACCGGAUUGGACUCCCUUUUGUCUUUAGAUCUGCCUUAAUUCUUCAUGGCUCGGAUUCAUCAAGGUGCUGGAAACAUUCCUAAUAGAUGUUGGUCCAUAUUGACAUGAUAGCACCCCACAGUUGCGGUUCCUGUUCCACCACAUCCUAAAUGUGCUUUAUUAAAUUGAAGUCUGCUGAGUGUGAAAGCCGUUUGAGUACAGGGAACUCCCUGUCUUGGCAUGUUCAAGAAACCAGAUGAGUACACUGUGGUCACAAAGGGAUGGGUAUGGUCAGUGACAAUACUAAGAAUGAAGAUGAAGCCUGCCGUGCCGCUUCUCCUCCUGGCCCUGCUUGCUGUCACAGGGCUGAGCCAAGCCCAGCUCGGGAACUCUUUCCUGGAUUUCUCCUGGAUCCUUCCCAGUCUGAGUCGGCCGGCGAACCACAGCCGCAUCUUCUACGCGGUUAUGUUUGAUGCAGGGAGCACGGGGACACGCAUUCAUGUCUACACCUUCAUCCAGAGCGACUUAGAGCAGCUCCCCGUGUUGGACAAUGAGAUGUUUCAUUCCAUAAAGCCUGGCUUGUCGGCAUAUGCCGACGUCCCUGAAACGGCUGGACAAACAGUGAGGAUGCUGUUAAAGGUAGCCAAGAGGACGGUGCCUCGUGUGGAGUGGAAGAGAACUCCUUUGGUCCUCAGAGCCACGGCUGGACUUCGGUUGCUGCCCGCACAGAAAGCUCAGGCUCUUCUGGACCAGGUUCAACACGUGUUUGACGAAUCUCCUUUUUUGGUGUCAGACGACGGCGUCAGCAUAAUGAACGGCAAAAAGGAAGGACUCCUGGCUUGGAUAUCGCUGAACUUUCUAACAGGUCACCUGAAAGCACAAAGCAGGAAGACAGUGGGAAUAUUGGAUCUGGGAGGAGGAUCAACACAAAUCACUUUCCUGCCCAAACUGAGGAAAACCACUGAAAGUGCUCCUGCUGCUGACUACACUGCUAAGUUUGAUGUCUUAAAUUCAACAUUUGAAUUGUACACUCAUAGCUAUCUUGGAAAUGGACUGAUGGCGGCACGACUGGCCACACUGGGAGCUCUGGGUGCAGAAGGGUUGGAGUGGCAGGUUUUUAAAAGUUCCUGUCUGCCAAAGAAGUUCAGGGAUGAAUGGAGCUUUGGAGGUCUAACCUAUCAAGUGAGCGGGGACCCAGAUGGUUACACAGGAUACAAGCUUUGUUAUCAGGAAGUACUUAAGGUGGUGAAGGGGAUUAUUCAUCAGCCGUACGAGCUUGAAGACACCAAUGUUUUUUAUGCAUUCUCCUAUUACUUUGACAGAGCUGUGGACGCGGGCCUUAUCGAUGAGGUCCACGGAGGGAUGCUGGAGGUCAGAGACUUCAAGAAGAGAGCCAAAGAGGUGUGCAAUAAGAUGACCAAGUACCCUCCCAUCCAGCCUUUCCUGUGUAUGGACAUGACCUACAUCACUUGUCUACUGAAGGAUGGCUUUGGCUUUAAGGAGAACACUGUUUUGCAGCUAACCAAGAAAGUGAAUAAUGUGGAGGCUAGCUGGGCACUGGGUGCUACAUUGGAUCACUUCCACUACCUGAAGAUUCACUGAGAAGUGAGGAGCGUACACUGACAACGAGAAGCUGAUUUUAGGUGGUGCUCACUAACCACACUCAAGUGAUGUGCACUACCUUAUCUAAGAGCAGCAGACAGCUGGUGUUGGUUUUAUAAGGGCAGAACUAACCUCAUGAGUAAUUCUUAAUUUCUUUUAAAAAGCAAUUAUUCUCAAGUGUUAAUAUAUUGAGCUAUGUAUGAGCAAUGCAUUGCCCUACUCGGAGAACAAGUGAAGCUAAAGAGGCUGAAUGAAACAUUUUACCAAUAACACACUCUGUUAAUGCACCUCUGGGGAUUAGUGGAUAUAGAAUUUAUUCGAGAUAGAUGUUUUCUAUUUUACUAAGGCUGAUAAACAGAGUGGCCUGGCAUGUUAAGUCAUGUAAUACCAGCGUUUACAUGCAGCAUUUGAUUAACUGUGCUUGAGUGGUUUUUAAUGUCAAGUGUUUCGUUAUUAGUCAAAAGAAUAAUGGCUAUAAUGGGUGUCUGGUACAUUUAAAUUUAACUUAUCAGCCGUUGAGGUUUUGGGGUGCUUAUUUUUCAUUAACAACCAUCACUGCAUUUCAGACUUGUGUUUACAAUGAUGAAGCACAUAAGCAUUCCUGGUCAUUAUAGUUUCAUAAACUAGCAAAACCCGUCUCAGUAUUUCUUUGGGAGUCUUUGUUCUCAAAAACACGAGGAAAAAAAAUGUUUGUACAAACUUUGCCAUUUCACGCUUGUCAAAAUAAAACCAUCACUGGUUGCUAAUUACAAAUA